AAUAAGAAUUAGUAGAAGAUGAAUUAAUUAGUAGAUAUAAUUUGAAUAUUAGAACAUACAAUGGAAGAGAAUAUAGAAAAGGAGAAUAAAGGGAAAGGUGGGAUGUGGGCUUUGCAGGAGAAGUUUGAUCAGCCCAUGGAUGAAGAAGCUAGCAAACUCAAGAAUAUGUACUCGGAAAAGGAAUGUUCUUGGAUGCUGCUUGUGCGGCUUGCAUUUCAAAGUCUUGGUGUUGUCUACGGAGAUUUGGGAACUUCUCCUUUAUAUGUUUUUUACAAUACUUUCCCUGAAGGGAUCAAUGACACCGAAGAUGUCGUGGGUGCACUUUCUUUGAUCAUAUACUCUCUUACACUUGUGCCACUCAUCAAGUAUAUAUUCAUUGUUUGUCGUGCCAGUGACAAUGGUCAAGGUGGAACAUUUGCUCUUUACUCGCUAUUGUGUCGGCAUGCAAAAAUCAAAACAAUUCCUAAUGAACAUCGAACGGAUCAGAAGUUAACAACUUAUAGUCAUACCCCUAUUCAUGAGAACUCAUUUGCUGCAAAGACCAAAUGUUGGUUGGAAGCUCAUGCACUAAAAAAGAAUGCACUUCUUGUACUUGUCCUUGUUGGAACAUGCAUGGUGAUUGGAGAUGGAAUUCUAACUCCUGCAAUUUCGGUUUUAUCGGCUUCUGGAGGUCUCAAGGUAAACCACCCGGGGAUGAGAAAUGAGUUUAUCGUUGUUGUUGCUAUUAUCAUACUAGUUUGUUUAUUUUGCCUGCAACAUCAUGGUCCUGAUAAAGUUGGGUGGCUCUUUGCUCCAAUAGUGUUGCUUUGGUUUAUCUUAAUCGCAGGAAUUGGAGUUUUCAAUAUUUUAGAACAUGACACGACAGUGUUGCGUGCCUUUUCACCAUUGCAUAUACUUUGGUACUUUAGAAGGAGAGGGAAAGAUGGUUGGACAUCCCUUGGAGGGAUCUUUUUGAGUAUCACAGGGACUGAGGCUCUAUUUGCUGAUCUAGCACAUUUUCCGCUUUCAGCAAUUCAGAUAGCAUUUACCACUGUUGUGUUCCCUUGCCUUCUUCUAGCUUAUUGUGGACAAGCAGCCUACCUCAUGAAAAACAAGGAUCAAGUCUAUGAUGCAUUUUACCGUUCUAUCCCAGAAUGUAUAUACUGGCCAAUGUUUAUCAUUGCAACAUUAUCUGCCAUUGUAGCAAGUCAAGCUUCUAUUUCAGCUACAUUUUCAAUAAUUAAUCAAGCAUGUGCACUCGGUUGUUUCCCUCGAGUCAAAGUUGUUCAUACCUCAAAGAAGUUUAUUGGGCAAAUAUAUGUUCCAGAUAUCAAUUGGCCCCUUAUGGUCCUUUGCAUUCUUGUCACAACUGGAUUUCAAAAUCAAAGCCAAAUCGGUAAUGCUUAUGGCACUGCGGUGGUGAUAGUCAUGUUGGUCACAACUUCCCUUAUGAUAUUAAUCAUGAUACUCGUUUGGAAUUGUAACUGGGUCCUUGUUUUCCUUAUGACGUUCUUCUCACUAGUGGUGGAAUGCACUUACUUUUCAGCAGUUGUCAUCAAAGUUGAUCAGGGUGCUUGGGUACCACUAGCGAUAUCAUCUCUGUUUCUUGUCAUCAUGUAUGUAUGGCAUUAUGGCACAUUAAAACGGUACGAGUUCGAAAUUCAAAAUAAGAUCUCAUUGGCAUGGAUCUUGAGUCUUGGUCCAAGUUUGGGUCUUGUUCGCGUUCCAGGCAUUGGACUUGUGUACACCGAGCUUGCAAGUGGGGUCCCGCGUAUUUUUUCACAUUUUAUUACCAAUCUACCUGCAAUCCAUACUGUUGUCGUAUUAGUAUGUGUUAAGUCACUUCCAGUAUACACAGUCCCUGAAGACGAAAGAUUUUUGGUAAGACGAAUAGGGCCCAAAAAUUACCGUAUGUUCAGGUGUGUUGCAAGGUACGGUUAUAAAGACCGUAAAAGAGAUGAUGAAUUUGAAAAGAAACUCUUGGAUAGCAUAUUUUUGUUUGUAAAACUUGAAUCUUUGGUAGACAAAAGUUCCGAUUCCGAUGACUACAGUUUAUGCGACCAAGACACCUUCCAUUCUAAUGAUUUUAACAAUGACACCACACUUUCUUCAGUUGUUGACAUUACGGUUUCAUCAAAUGAGUCAGUUAGUUCUGGGUCAUCAUCUAAUCGCAUGGAGACAGAAGAGUUGAUGUUCCUAACAAGGUGUCGGGAUGCAGGGGUGGUACACAUAUUGGGAAACACGGUUAUAAAAGCAAGGAGGGAUUCAGGGUUUAGUAACAGGAUUUGUAUUGAUUACUUGUAUGCAUUCUUGAGAAAGAUAUGCAGACAACAUAGUGUCAUUUUUAAUGUUCCUCAUGAGAGCCUUCUAAAUGUUGGCCAGAUAGUCUAUGUAUAACUCUUUUAUAUUUUCCAA